CGAAGGCUACAAGGCUUUAACCGCAUGUCCGUAUAGCUCAGAAUCCACCGUCUCUGUGGUAAGACUGCCCCGUUCGAAUCCAACACGAGCACAGCAUGGCGGCCCUGUUGGCGACUCGCGCAGCUGAGAAGAAACAGCUCUCCAUCCUGAACGGCCGCUUCGCCUCCUACAUCGAGAAUGUGCAAGCCCUGAACCAGAGCAAUGCUGCCCUGGAGAGUCAGCUGCAGGCCGUCCAGGCCAAAGCCUCCCCCGUAGACAAGGGGAAGUACGAGGGGAUGCUGAGGGCGCUGCGCGCUCAGGUGGACGGGCUGUCGCAGCAGAAGGCUCAGGUGGAAGCUGAAAGGAACAGCUGGCAGGCACAGGCAGAGGAAUGGCAGGGGAAGUGCGAAGAGCAGUAUUCGGUGCGAUCCCAGCUGAAGGCCGAAAUCGAGAAGAACAAAACGGCACUGGAAAUCAUCAACGCUGCGCGUUCGGGCUUCGAGAGCAGGCUGGUGGCCGCGCAGGGAGAGAUCGAGGCCGUGAAUAAGAAUAACUCUGCGGGGAUAGCAGCUCUGCGGGAAGAGUUGGCCCGGACUGUGACUGCGAUAGAGGCAAAGCAGGCGGUGAUGACAGGACCGGACCUCAGCAACACCCUGAGGGAGAUCCGUGAGCAGUACGAGGUGGUCGGCCAGGCGAACAGGCAGGACGCUGAGGCAAAGUACAGGGAGAAGUUUGCGGAGAUAGCCCUGCAACGGCAGAAGGACAGCGAGGCUCUGGCAGCCGCCAGGGCAGAAGUGGCUGAGUUCCAAAAGAAGAUCGACACCCUGAGGGCCGAGGCCGAGUCUAUCAGGAGCAAGAAUAUCGCUAUGGAAAACGGCAUGCAGCAAACGGAGACCCGCAUACAGAAGGAGAUGGAAUCGUACAGGCAGGCCAUCGGCAAACGCGAGGCGCAGAUCGAGCAGAUGAAUGUAGAGAUGGCACAACAUCUCACCAACUACCAGGAGCUGAUGAACGUCAAGAUGGCGCUCGACAUCGAGAUAGCCGCUUACAGGAAGCUGUUAGACGGCGAGGAAAUCAGGCUGUUGGGUCAGGCCCAGACGCCCCAGCCGGUUCAAAAGCCCAUAGCGCCCGAGCCGGUUCAGGCGCCCGAGCCGGUUGAGACGGCCCAGGAGCCCGAGCCAGUGGAAGCACCAGUGGAGGAAGACGAGUAGGCCACGCCAUGCGAGGGAGUUAAGACAUGAGAUAUUAUAGUUAAGACAUGGGCUACUAUUUCAUAUCGAAUACUAGUAUCUAAAAACUUAACAUAUGGUAUAAAAAUCAUGUGUCACAGUCGUUUGGACUAGUCAAAACUGUCACGCAAGAACCAUCCUGUGAAGAAAAAGAGGAGCUAAGUCAACGGAAAGGAUGGUGAUAAUAUCAAAGGCAUGGAACUAAGUUGCCAGAUCUUCUGUAGUGUCUCAACAGUCGAAUAUUUGGGGGUUAGUGAGAUAAAUAGGGUAUGUAUACUUUUGUUUUAAGAUGCCAUGGGUAGGUGGAUGGAUAUCCACACAGCGCAUGUUACAUGGCUACACCGGUGAAGGAACUGUAAAUGCACCUUGAUCGGAAGGUUUUGUAGUAUUUUAAUCAAAAUAGAAGGAUUGAACGUAAUAAAAGAAAAA